AUUAAAAAAAACUCAACAGUAAUCCCCUUCUACUGUAGUGGUACUCGGUGGGUUAGGUUCAGAAGAGCAGCAGAAGUAUAUAUACACUUUAAGCUUGUUAUAUUGCUCGUUUAUUCAGACAGAAUGGAUAAUUCCGGUAAGGAGAAGGAGGCGGUGCAGCUAAUGGCAGAAGCUGAUAAGAAAGUGAAAUCCUCCGGCUCUUUUCUAGGAGGAAUGUUCGGAGGGAAUCACAAAUUAGAGGAGGCUUGUAAGAUGUACGCCAGAGCAGCCAACAUGUUCAAGAUGGCAAAAAACUGGACCGCUGCAGGAAACGCGUUCUGCCAGGCAGCCAGACUACACUUGCAGCUCCAGAACAAACAUGAUUCAGCCACAAGCUUUGUUGAUGCCGGAAAUGCUUUCAAGAAGGCUGAUCCACAGGAGGCUAUCAACUGCUUAAAUGCAGCCAUCGAUAUUUACACAGAUAUGGGGCGAUUCACUAUUGCAGCCAAACACCAUAUCACAAUUGCUGAGGUGUACGAGUCAGAGCUGGUGGACAUUGAGAAGGCAAUUGCUCAUUAUGAACAAGCUGCAGACUAUUAUAAAGGCGAGGAGUCGAACAGCUCUGCAAACAAGUGUCUCCUGAAGGUUGCAGCAUACAGUGCACAGCUGGAACAGUAUCAGAAGGCCAUUGAGAUCUAUGAGCAGGUUGGAACAAACACCAUGGACAACCCCUUACUGAAAUACAGCGCCAAAGAGUAUUUCUUCAAAGCUUCCUUAUGUCACUUCAUUGUAGAUGAACUGAACGCAAAGCUUGCUGUUGAGAAGUACGAGGAAAUGUUCCCGGCAUUCUCGGAUUCAAGAGAGUGCAAACUUCUGAAGAAACUCCUGGAAGCCCACGAGGAGCAGAAUGCAGAGGCUUUCACAGAAGCGGUGAAGGAGUUUGACUCUAUCUCACGUCUGGACCAGUGGCUGACCACCAUGCUUCUGCGCAUCAAGAAAACCAUCCAGGGUGAUGAGGGGGACUUGAAGUGAGAUGAUGAAUUGUGGGGAAACUAUCUAAGGCAUGCCACCCCCUCCCCAAUGCGUUUCAUUUCAUUUUUGUGCAAUGGCCAAGACCAGGUUUCUGACUACAGUAUGUCCAAUUUAUUGCUGCACCAUUUAUAGAGAAUGUAUAAACCUACACACUGAGUUAUAAAUCUUAUUUUUAAUAUAUUCACUUGUUUGGACGGCUGCAUCUAAGGAAUCCUUUUUUCAUAACACAAAGGUUAUGUAGUUCAGUAUAGGGAACACCAUGGAUAAAAGAGGGAUGUGCGAACUUGAUCUCUGCUGGAGUUUGGAUGGCUAGUGCUGCAUGACAUGUAGAUGUAAUUCUCUUGAAUAUGAACAGAAGACUUUCUCUUACAAGUUGAGGUAAUUAUUUUCUUCUUUUGAGAGUUGAUUUUGUCUUUAGUGUCUUUUAGAAAGAGUAACUGCUAUUACUGUAUGUGCUAAGAAACCAGGUAUCCAAGACUUGACUAUGACUGGAUAAUAUUAAUAACCAACACAAUAAUUAAUGAAUAAUGGAGCUGUUAUUUCACCAUCAACUUUCCAUUCAUUUAAUACUUUCAUUCGUGUUUAUUUACGUUUUUUUUGUUUUGUUUUUUUUUAACUUCUUUCAAACUGUCAUCUCUAUUUGCAGUAAGGGGUUGGGUAUUCUGCUCCAACCAUAAAGUUUUUGCUUUCUGUUUGUUAGCAUAUUCAAACUAUGAAAAGUUUGAAAUCCCAGUAGCCUGACAGUGCCGCUCUGUGUCGUGUUGUGAAACCAUAGUUCAUACAGCACUUCAGCUAGUGCACUCUCCAUACUGAAGGUAUUUAGCAGCGCAUGUCACUGUGUAUUAGUGUUGUUGAUGUUCAGUAUCUCAAAUAUGUGUACAAUUUUCAAAAAAAAAAGCCAUCAGAAGAAGCAACCUAUAUGCUUAUCUGGGUUCUUUCUGACAGAGUUGCUGAUGUCUUCACUUGCUGAAUGGGUCUAUUAAUGUACAGAAAUAAAAGAUCGAUAUUAUACACAAA